UGUCACUAUAACGCAGUUGGCAAACGAUACUUUAUAGCACAUCAGUGCAUUUCGAAAUAGAAACUGAAAUGGAAACAGCUUAAAAUAUGAAGCAAAAUCAAGAUCUUUACGACACUGAAGAAAAAGAAGUUUUCAAAGAUGCUCUCGACAAAGGAGGUUCCAUAUCGGACGGACAAGAAACGUCUGUCAUUCCCGAUGGUGGAUGGGGAUGGRUUAUUUGUAUCGGGACGUUUGCCGUAAAUUUCAUAGUUUUUGGUAUUCACAACUCUUUUGGAGUUGUUUAUGCCAACUUGUUGGAUGAACUUCGAAUGGGAAAGGCAGAAACAGCAUGGAUCGGAGCUCUAGCGAUGGGCCUUAACUUCUUUUGUGGACCGCUGAYCAGUCUUCUAUGUGACCGAUACAGCUGUCGCGCUGUUGCCUUUGUUGGAGGUUUGUUGUCAGUGCUUGGACUCUUCCUUACGUCAUUCGUCCAAGAACCUUCAAAGAUGUACGUAACAUAUGGUUUGCUAUUCGGUGUUGGCUCAAGCUUUUCCUUCGUUUCAUCUAUAGUUGUCUUAGGGGAUUAUUUUCACAAACGCCUUGCUUUGGCCAAUGGUAUUGCCACAUCGGGUAGCGGGGUUGGCUCGCUGGUAGCAGGUCCUGUGAUCAACUACCUCUUAGGUGCAGUGGGAUGGCAAAACUGCAUGAGAAUUUUAAGUGGAUUUGCUGUGUUGCUUUGGAUUGCAGCUUUUUUAUAUCGACCAAAUAAUAAGAUUGAUAGAACUGCAAGGUCAAAAGCCAAGYUUUUUGAUCCCAAGAUUUGGAGGAAUAAGGCAUAUGUAUUCUGGGUGGUGACUGUGGCAUUGUUCCAGUUUGGUUACCUCAUUCCGUUCGUACACUUGGUGAAAUACGCAGAAGACAUGGGAGUUUCCAAGUCCAAAGGAGCAUGGUUAAUCGGUUUUCUAUCAAUCAUGUCGACAGUAGGUCGAAUUCUAUUUGGCAAAGUCUGUGAACUCAAAAGAGUCAAUCGUAUAUACAUCUAUCAAUUCUCAAUAUUCAUMAUUGGACUAAGCACACUGCUGUGCCCGCUGGCUAAUUCAUAUGGUGGGCUCAUCGGUUAUUCGUUGACGUUUGGAUUUUUUGAUGGCUGUUUUGUCGGUCAAGUAGCGGUUAUUACGGCUGAUAUUGUGGGCCAUGAGAACCUCUCACAAGGUGUUGGGAAUCUGUUUGGGUGUCUUGCUGUCCCUAUGAGUUUUGGGCCUCCUGUGGCAGGUUGGCUUUACGAAAGCUCAGGGUCGUAUGACGUAGCYUUCCUCGUCUCAGGCAGUGUAGCMAUAAUUUCUACAAUUUUAAUAUUCUUCGUAUCGGURCUCAAGAAAAGAAUGGGUUCACUUACCGAAUUAGAUCUCUCAAUGGACAUAUCACAUUCUGAAGACUCUGSAUSCACRGAGGAGCGCAAAGGAUUGCCAUAUACGASCAGUUUUAGAAAUUCACAGAGCGAUGAUGGCCAACUGCUGGCCAAUGAGAACGAUGGCUCACCAGUAUACCAUAAGGGACGAAAGUUAAGGGAGAUAUUUUUAGAUCUUGAGCGAGAGACAGUGAUAUAGUUGGCCGAUAGUUUUGAAAUGCAAAUAGAAUUUAUAAUUUAAAAAGAUGAUUGUAGGUAGGAUUUAACUUCAUAGUGUACUUUGCUGCAUCAACCUUGUUUCUUCCCACUUCCUCUAAUGCCAUC